AUGGCGAACAAGACUUUGUCAUCGAAGAAUGACAUUAUGGUCAAGAUACUAUGGGAUUUUUACAAUUCUUUUCAUGGAAGCAAUAAGGAUUACUUGCUGAUUAUUCUUUAUAUACCAACUGUACUAGUCGGUGUGAUAGCUAACAUUUUUGUGAUAAUUGUAGUCUGCAAAUAUCAUUUAAAGAGCGUUACAAAUUAUUUUGUGAUUAAUCUGUCCAUGGCUGAUUUAUUGGUUGCCAUAAUAUGCAUGCCAAUGACAAUCAGUCAGGAAAUAUCGAUGUCAUGGAAUCACAGUGAAUUCUUGUGCAAAUUAACUUCUUAUCUGCAAAGUGUAGGUGUUACUGCCUCAAUAUAUACUAUUAUGGCUAUGAGCAUCGAUAGAUAUCUGGCCAUAAGAAAUCCCAUGAUUCUCCGCUAUAUAUGUAAUCAUAAGAAUAUUACUCUUGUUAUCGUAUCUAUUUGGCUGGCAUCCAUGGCUUUUUUUAUUACAAUCUACGGAGCGAUGAGACUCCAGGAUCCAAUGACGGAAGUCAUCAACAAGGCUCUGGACUUAAUGGCAAGCGAGAAUAUUACACACAAUAGCAUCUCGCCAAUACCACCAGGUUUCAAUAUGUGUAUAGAGGAUUUCAUGUCAUUAGGAAUUAGACGAGACGUCUUCGGGAGCAUACACUUCGUAUUCUCUACCGCUAUUCCAUGUCUUGUUGUAUUACUAGCCUACUCGAUGAUUGGCUUCACUCUUUGGUCUAAAAAGCCACCUUUCGAUUAUGAUAACAGGGAAAGUGCCAGCUCGCGGCAGAGCUCCAAAUUACGACAUGAAAGAAAACGAGUUGCAUUGAUAUUACUAUUCCUCGCUAUACUAUUCGCUCUGUGCUGGAUGCCCUACAAUAUUGCCAAAUUUUUGAUUGAUCUCGACGUUAUCGGCCCAUCAACGUCAACAAAUAACACAUUGAAGUACUUCCUAUUUUUGGGACAUGCAAACAGUGCUUUGAAUCCUGUGGUCUAUUGUUGGAUGACCCGUGGUUUUCGUCAGAAACUUGCGAAUACUUUAUGUUGUGUCUCCAAUAAGCUAUUGCAUCAUGAUCCUUCGCGAAGAAACGCGAUGACGAUUGCUGAUGACGUGCCAUGUAUUCCUUGUAAGCGAAAGCUGAUAACUGUGACAAAGGAACAAUGUGUUCUAGCAAAACAGCAACAAAAAGGCUGUCAUCAAAAAGGCAUCAUUUCAACAGCUUUUCUCAGGACGCAACAGUCAUUCGUAUAAUUUAAAACGUAUCAAUAUUGAAUUGAAAAAUAUUUAUGACAAUUCGAAUAUACAGAUUGCUCCAGGACAUUAUAGGAGGGAUCAACGACAGAAUAAGGACAAGUAUGAAUUAAAGACCAGCCAAUUAAAGUCGAGUACUUAAUGUAUCACAGACGGACAACAUUAACUAGCUGCUCCACUGUGCCAAUCAUUUUUUUUCUGAGAAUAGGCAUUUAUUAUCUUAUCAAUUGUUUCCUCUUUAAUAAAAAGACUCUUUCUUUUUUAUUAAAAUUUUAUUCUCACAAUACGAAUAGCACGUAAUAAGUCCGAGCGCUGUCGAUCAUCGCUGCGCAAUGACAUUACGACACAAGAUAUGAUACAAUGAGAUUUGUACACUAAAUCGAUGAUAGAUAUCUACUAUAGUAGUGCGUACGUGCAUGUAUAUAUGCGUAUGUCGUGUACGUGUUCAUAUAUUCACGUCAUACAAAUAAAAUGGCAUAGAAAAAUAUGUAUGCUCCGCUGUAUGGCCUCACGUGAAUCGUAUUGCUUACGUCCUAAAUUCCUACGUUUUUCGUAUUCUCACGGGAUAAUCAUUGCAGUCUCCAUGCAAUUUUUGCUCUUUAUUUCGUUUCUGCUGUUCGUCAAAAUGGAUGGUACUCCCAAUUGCGACGAUACUUCAAAAAAAAAAAAAGAUCUUCAUUUCUUUUUCCGUAAAAACAAAUUUUGAUCUCUUAUUGUCUUAUAUGAUCUCACUUAUUGUCGCAUUUUCGUUACAAAAAAAGGAGAGAAACUGCAUUCAAAUGCUUAUCUCCCAUUUAUCUUUUCGAUAUUUUACGUAGUAUAAAAAGUAGCUAUGGUACGAGGUAGUAAUCUUGAAGAUCAUAUUUAUUUCCAAACAUUGAUAUUUUAUUUGUGUGUUCCUUGGAAUGAAGUCGUUUUUUACUCCGAUUAUACCCGUGGGAACUCGAAAGCACAUUGAUUAAUUAUGCAUCUACUUUAUGUAAAAUGUUUAUUUACUCAGGAAUCUUGGAUCGCAUUCACGUUCGCAUGAGGCGGCAUGCUUCUUGCACGAGGAUGAAUAAACGAACUUUUAGGAUAAUCUACGACGACCGCCUAUUUUUUAUCGCGGAAUUAUUAAUAAAAAUUUUUUUUACACUUUUGCUAUACAAUUGUUUGUAUUACAGCAAACUGUAACACAAAUAUUAAA